CUUCCUUGGUAGAAGCAGGGAAGAGAGGAAACACAGGACUAACCAGAGAAAACAGAAGGAAUCGCACCACUUUGACUAACUUUAUCUCCUUUCCGUAGAUAAUCACACCAGAGUCGCACUUUUGCCUUUAAUUCCGUUUCUGGACACCUCUUUUUCCUUUCAGCCAACUGGGUGAGACAAAGCCCGUCGGUGCCCUGAGCGGCAGAACUCUGGUAGGGGGCUGGCUGGCUGUAAAUUGACGUGGCAUGGAAAUUCUCCACUAAGUUGCAGCAGCUUGCGAGUUCCUCAAAGCUGGAGCUCAGCCUCCCUCCCGGAGCUGGAGCCGGAGCCUGGGCUCAGUGGCCGCACAGAAGAAUGGAUCGCGUCCCCAGCUCCCCAGCUCCUCGCCCCGGGCCGCCGCUUUCUAUCUGGCUAUCUACCAUUUCGCUGAAAACCAAAUCAAAGCAGUUAAGUCUGUAACUUUGUUUUCGCAGCUUAAUAAACAACAAAAUUGACUGCCCUUGCUCCUCGGGCUGUUCCCUGCAAUCUUAACUCCCUGCAGACUUUGCCAUGGGGUGCGGACUUAGGAAGCUGGAAGAUCCUGAUGAGAGCAGCCCUGGAAAAAUAUUUUCUACCCUGAAGAGACCGCAAGUGGAAACAAAGACAGAAUUUGCUUAUGAAUAUGCACUGCUGGAUUUUACUUUACAAGCUUCAACAAAUCCAGAUGUCAUCAAGAUAAAUUCAGUCCUGGAUAUAGUUGCCGAAGUGGAAGACUAUUAUCUUAAGGGCUAUGUGGUUGGGGCCAUUCACCCAGUUAUACAGCCUGCAGGGCAGCGGAAGCACCUUCCAGCAAGUCACCUGUACCGGGCGGUGCUAUCCAGACGGAAGCUAAGCCCCAAGCACUCAGCAGCAGGCGGACAAAGGCGUGCCAGGCUUGUGAUGGAGGAGUGCCCACUAACCUCUGAGGCACAAGCAAACGACACUGCAAAGGAGCUCAUCGACAAGAUUAAUGCCGCUGCUAAACGAGGGAUGAAGUUUGUGGGGCUCGUCUCCCAGUGCUACUUGCCAUCUCUGCACUGUAACGGAGCCAGCCACGAUGGAGCUGCAGAGUCGGAGCUACACACGAGGCACAGCUCACAGAACACCUGCAGAGGCUGGAGCGAAGGAGCCCUUGGUGGACACUUGUCGGGAAGUAGAGUGGAGGGAGAACCUCAGCACGAAAGUGCACAGCAGCAGACCGAGGGGAACAGCAGCCCCAGCCACUCUAACCCAAGGCGGGGAGAAGCCCCAGAUAAUAAGCUGUAUAUGGUCUUCAAUGCUUUUGAGGAGGAUCCGGCCUGCUGGGCGUAUCAGGAAGGCGUCCUGUCCAUGAAAGUGACGAGGAAGGGAGCUGUCAUCAGUGCGCUGGACGCCAACUGGCUAGAACUAACUACAUUUUAUUAUAAGCAAGGCUUCUCUUUAAUUGACUCUUUUGUGUGCUGGGAGACACCUAAAGGGGACCAGUUACCUAAAACCUUGGAAGGCUUUUUUAUCUAUGAAGAAGAAGGGUCUGGAGUCCCAGGUUCUGACAGGAGGGAGAAUGAUGCCAUUGUGGUAGAGCAGUGGACAGUCAUUGAGGGCUGUGAAAUCAAAACAGAUUACGGGCCCCUGCUGCACACCCUGGCUGAAUUUGGAUGGCUUCUGACAAGCGUGCUGCCUACACCUAUACUGAGACAUGACAGUGAAGGAAACUUGGCUACCAAGCAGGUCGUGUUUCUCCAAAGGCCAGUUACGUGGAACUCAGCCAAUCGGAGCCCAGAAAGGAAAGGCAGCCGGCUGCUGAGGGGCGAAGACAGAAACAAGGUGGGCAGCAGGAGCACAGCCCUGGGCAGCAGCGCGACCCAAGCCGUAGGAGGCCGAGCCCCGCCGGAGGAGGAGGAGGAGGGUCCCCUGUCUCCCUCCAGAGAGUGCUGGACCAAGGAAGAGCGGCCGGCACAGCGCGACGGCUUCCCCGCCUUCGGCAGCAACAACAGCGUCCUCCGGGACCUAGAUGACGAUGACGGACAGUUUGACCAGGAAGAGGGCGCGACACAGGUCACUUGCAUGUGACUUGCCAGGUGACCCCAUAGAAGGCCUUGUAAAUAUUAAAUGACUGCCAUCUGACUUUCUUUCACUACUACUAUCUUCAUGUUUGUAAUAUUUUUAAUUUCCAGGCUCAGCCUUUCCCUAAUCUAUGUAAACUUUGGCUCAACCUCUGAGACAGGGAAGAAUAACCAACUAUUUAUCAGUUUAAAAGCAUGCUUUCAUUUCUCUCAGCUAAAACAUCUGUGUAAACAGAUGUCUCAUCUGGUCAUUAAGCAGCAAGCUGGGUCACUUACCCACAAAUGGACAGAAGUCAGUGUUUCCCAUCAGGCUGAUUAAAAAGUGUGGCUAUCCAAAUCACGUCAACCAAUUAGAGCCUUCCCAGGAAGCUGCAGCCUCGAUUAAACUGAAAAAUGUUCUAUCCUCCCUCUCUCUGCCCCUCUCUGCCCCUCUCUGCCAUGGACACAGACUCAUGAAAAUCUCUCUUCCCUGCCUAGAGCAGUUAAUUUGGUUUUUGUCUCUCACUGUUGUGUGCCCAUACAAAGCAAGCCCUGUUUGUCAGAUGUCUUCAAAAAACAUUUCCUAUGUCUUUUCCUUCAAAGAGCCACCAUGUGGCCAGUUCCUCAGCGAAUCAUUAACGUUGGCAUUGUUGGUCCCGAUAGCCUACCUACCAGUAGCGUUAAACAGAAUUUAAGCCAGUUAAGGCUGACAGGAUGGCUCAGUCAGUACAGGUGCUUGCCACGUACUGUCUCUGGAACCCAUAGAAAUAUGGAAAGAGAGAACCAAUUCUACAAAAUUGUGCUCCGACCCCCACAAGCAAGUGCUUGUUCCUCCGUGCCCUGUGCGCAUGCAUACACUCAAAUUUUAAAAAGUCACUGAAGAGGGGUCACUGUGGAGGGCACUGCAUGGCUGAGCAUAACUGCCCGCCCUGCGCUGAUCUAGGAAGAAUUCAACUGGCUGAAUCUUCAAGCCCUGACUGAGAAACGGACUGAGAGAUCGUUUUUCAUCAGAAGUCCACCGAUUGUUUACUAUAGCACAGGCAUUGUUGGUCCUGAUAGCCUACCACUGUCCAAUAGUCCUGAGUGUCCAAUAAAAGGUGACUGACUGGUUCCUGUAAAAAAACAAGUCAUUGAGAUCCCACAAUCUCAAUGUGUAAAAGCCAUGGUAGAUGAAAGCAUUUCAUCUAUGCCAAGCUGGCACACCUCCAAUCUCAGCAUUUGGCAGGCAGAGGUAGGUAGAUCUCUGUGAGUUCUAGGACAGCCAGGGCUACACAGUGAGACCAUGUCUCAAACAACAACCAACAAAAUCUAAUUUUCUUUUUUUAAAUUUUCAAACACCAUUGAAGAGAACAAGUGUUGGUCUCAAAUGGAAGUGGCCUGUUACAACUGUUAGGUUUAAAUCCCAUUUUUAUCUAGACAUGUUAAACCUGGAAAAGGUUACAGCCCAGAAUUCUCAGUCCUGCAGGAGUGGAGGGGCUCACAGCCCACGUGAUGUCUGCAACUCUGACCCUCUCCAUGGCUGCCAUCCUCCUGCGGCAGGGAGGCUUUCUUCUCCCCCAGUCUUUACCCGGUGUAGACUCAUCUUCUACAGAACAGGGGCCUUGCAUUUAUGAUGAAAGGCUGACCUUCAAAAGAACUACAGUAGGCUAUGCCUUUAAGUAAUUCAUGUAUUAUAUAUUUGUAUUGGCUUGAUGUUGACAUUGUGAGUCAUUUGGAUAAUAAACUCUCAUUUGUUGUCAGGCUACUGUCCGACUGAACACAAAAAUGUCUGUUUUGUUUUCUA